AUAGGCCAGCUUGCUGAUCACUGUGGAUACUCUGAUCAGGCAUUUAGUUUGAAAAAUGCCAAGCCUGAUGAAGAAUCAGCUUGUGACUCACCAGCAGCCUCUUUCAAUUUCACCAUAAAAUUCUGGAUAUUUUUUGGUUGCUCUUCCUUGAGGUGUCCCUAACAUUUGAACCUCCUGGUAUAAAAGAUCUUUGUAUAUAAGCAAGGGAUCUCUUCUAUACAAUUCUCAGCUUCUCUUCUGAGCUUGGGAAUUGUUGCUGCUUGUUUUCAGAUGUUUCCAAAUAGCCAACAUUCACCAGCCAUGGAGUAGUUUGGUAAAUUUGAUGGGACCUUAACACACUUAAUAAUCUCAUCUGAGAAAGAGUAGAGAAGAUGCUUAUUACAUUAUUCUUGACAUUUAGGAAAAACUUGUGCAGAACUACUGUUAACUCUGAGAGUGCAAACAGGGCCAGAAUAAAUUGUGCAGGCCUGUCUUCAGUGUCUUAACACUGUGUUCUUUCAGACUGCUAAAAAUCUGGGCUAUGAAACCUUGCUGGCAAGAACCAGUCUGCUGAUACUGCCUGCCUUUGUAGUGCGGAGCAAAUUGAGGGAUAUAGUGGGAGCAUCUACCAACUGGAGGGAUCAUGUGCAAGCAAUGCAAGAAAGAAAAGCUCUCCAUACUUUACUGGCAAAACGGCAGGAAGAUCUCCCUCCUAGGAGAAUGAAGGAUAGCUACUUGGAAGUUAUUCUACCUCUAGGAAGUCAGCCUGAAAUAAGAGAAAAAUACCUGAAUGUACACAACAGCGUGAGGUUUGGAAGGAUACUUGAAGAUCUUGACAGUUUAGGAGUUCUUAUUUGCUACACUCACACCAAGCAGGAAAUGCAGCAAAGGUCACCUUUAUCCAUAGUUACAGCUCUGGUGGAUAAAAUCAAUUUGUGCCAGAAGAUUAUACAUCCAGACUGUGACAUCAAAUUCACAGGCAGUGUUUCUUGGGUUGGGAAGACCUCCAUGGAAGUGAGGAUGCACAUGCUGCAGCUACAUGAUCGUGAUUACAGACCUGUGUUAGAUGCAACCUUUGUCAUGGUGGCCCGGGACCCAGAGAAUAAACGGCCAGCAUUUGUUAAUCCACUCAUUCCUGAGAGCCCUGAGGAGGAAGAAAUCUUCAAGCAAGGGGAAUUGAACAAGUUGAAGAGGAUUGAAUUCAGCACUGCUUCCUUACUGAAAAUGGCUCCCACUGCAGAAGAAAGAAACAUUGUGCAUGACCUAUUCCUUAAUACACUGGACCCAAGGACAGUGAGUUUCCGGAGUCGUAAAUUACCACCCAAUUCAGUGUGGAUUGAAGAUGCAAAGCUAAAAGGCCUGGAGAUUUGCCAUCCUGAGGAACGGAACAUCUUCAAUAGGAUCUUUGGGGGUUUUCUCAUGAGAAAGGCAUAUGAACUGGGAUGGGCAACUGCUUGCAGCUAUGGGGGUUCCAGACCCUUUAUCGUAUCUGUUGAUGAUAUCAUGUUUCAGAAGCCAGUAGAAGUUGGAUCUUUACUACUGCUUUCUGCACAGGUCUGUUACACGGAAAAAAAAUACAUCCAAAUUCGAGUACACAGUGAAGUUUACAAUGCAAAUACCAGGGAGCACCAUACUACCAAUAUUUUCCAUUUUACAUUUAUAUCAGAAAAUGAGGUCCCACAAGUUGUACCUAAGACAUAUGGAGAGUCCAUGUUGUAUUUAGAUGGGAAGCGACACUUUGCUGCAGUCAUGAAAGAACUCUGACAGGCACUGGGUGCUGCAGCAGCAGUGCACCAGCGUGCUGUCUUGGCAAGAGCUGUCACUAGAGGUGGCUAAUGGACAGGUGCUUGUAAUACUCAAAUCAAAACCCAACAACCACCCAAAACCAAGUCAACCAAACCCAAACUCCACACCAAAACUUGCCUUUUCAGUACUCAUCAUGUAUUUGCAUAUAUUUGGAUUUUUUAUUCUUUACUACUAGAAUUCGUUGAAGUCUUUUACAUGCAAAUGCUAGGAAAAGAGGCUGAAAAAAUGCAGUCUUAGGCUUUGGACAGACUCUCUUUAUCUACUUUGAGAGAUUUCAUUGCAAUCUUUGCUGUCUUGUCACCAUCUGAAGCCUUUCCCUUUGUAGCUGUCCUUUGAGUUUUCCUGAUAAGGGAUAGAAGUUCUGUCAGAAAAAGGUGUGCAAUUAGUAGAUACACACAGGUGAAGCAAUUUGACCUCCAUUCUUGUGUAAAUUAGGUUAAGGGUCAUAAUUCUUUUUUGAACAAGGACACAUGCAUCUAAGCAGCAGUAGAGGUGCAGAAGUUACUAGUGUGUGCACAAUGGAAAGCAGGUGUUUGCCAUCACUGGGGAUUUUACCAGGUUAUUGCAGCUUCUGUCUGAAUGGUUUUCAUGUUCCCUUGGGAGGAAUGAAACAUUCAUUGCAAUGAAAAUAGGUGGCUAGAUGGUAUUUUUUGUCAUUCUGUUUGUGUCCUUGACAGCCUCUUCUAAUUUUUUGUUUGUUUUAAUAUAUAACUGUGAGUUCCUUAGUGAAUUAUUUCUCAUGGCUUGGAGACUAGAGGUCUGGUUGGUGAGACUGGGUAGGACUGAGAAAUAGCAUUGUAGAACAGAACAUUUUUGUUUAUUAAGGACUGGGAACAAAAAAGGUAAAAUGCUGCCCAAAUGGUAAUGGUGAUGUUUGGUGCUGCAGUUAGGGGUCCUGAGAAUCUGUGUUGAGCAGCUCCCAGGUCAGCUGCUGAAUGAUGGGAUCUUUAUCCCCCUGAGGGGUGGUACAGCUAGAGGACAGUCUCCUCAGCUGGAUUAUUUAUCUGUUCCCUUGGUGGACUGAAGUGCAGUAUGAAUAUUGCACAGCUCUAAAAAUUGGCAAGUUUACCUGUGAAGGACAGAGAACUUCCCCAACACAGAAGGGACACCGUGGUGGUCAUAACUGUGGCAAAUAAGUAACAGGAAGAGAGUACUUUGUUCUGAAGUGCUUUUGAUGUAAUGGAGAAAGUUGUAAUAAUAUCCAAUUUCUGGCACAUAAAGCCCAAUUUCUUGAAAUAAGGAAGCUGAGUGGAUGGGAGGCAACAGCAUUUAGCAGUGAGUAUGUCACAAGCAUGAAAUUGGUUCUCACAUCAAGAUUGAUCAGGACACCCAAAGAGGAGUUGGGCUCAGGGGUUAAACAGAAAUGUGAUGUUUUACAAUACACAAGAAUGGAUUCUGGCUUCCCUGUGAGGUUUAAAAUCUUUUGAAAAGAGGAUGCAGCAAAUAGUAAUUAUGUCAAUCAGCACAGAUGCCUGAACCAUGUUGAUAAAAUUAAGUAGCAUGUUGAGCUUUUCUUUCUGAGUAAGAAAGCCUGAGACAGUCACAAUUAGGAGCAGUUUCCUUUGGUGCUAGGAUGACAUGAAAUUCAUGACCCUAGCAGCUCUUGGCUAUUCCUGUGAGGAAUUGUAAUUGAGCAUUGUAAUAAUCAGCAUGUUACACAUCAGCUUUUCCUUCUUAAGAUUCAGCUGCUGCAUUGGGUAGGUUAGAUUGCUUUCCAGAGUAGGUACAGGGGUGUGGCCUGAUCCAGAACAGAUUCUUGCAUUGCUUUGAUGGUAAACUCUUGGUUCCUUCCAUAGAGUUUCUCUCUUCAGCUACACUCCAGUGCUGACUCAGCUCUAUGACAUUAAAAUCUUUAAUGGUUAUGAUGCUGUGGAGAUUGUAUUUUCUGGUUUUUCCUUUUUAAAACUGACUCUAUCAGACUGACCACAUAAAUAAAGAACUGAAGUUGUAUCUCACCUUCUUCCCCCUUGUUGCAGGGAUCAAUGUUGACUGUUAAAAAAUAGAUCCUUUCAUUUCCUGCCUUCCUAUUUAUUUCAGAACUAUGUUCUAGUCCUGAGUACCUGCAGGUUUUUAUCACUGACCCAGUGAUCCUAUCCGGAUCACUUUUUUAUAACACAUAUAAAUUAAGGGCAUACCAAAUUCAUCCUCUACUGACUUUUCAGCUGCAUUUAAAAAUAAAUUUAUCAUAAUUUUUAAAUUCAGCCUUUGGGACGGGGUUGGAGAGAAGAGGUAAUAGAGUAUGGAGGAAAGUGUGACAUCAGAACCUCUGGAUGCAGUGAAGAAAAUGAAUGCCACAAAUGAAGAUGUGUAGAAGAAUUGACUUGUUCUCAAGGUUCAUGAUAACUUAAUCACAUACCACAAUGACAGUAGCUUCAGAAUGUAUGUGCAGCCAUACAGAAAAUGUGUGCGUGUAUAUGCACAUAUGUAAAAGAUACAUGCUUUUCUGUUUAUUGCUAUAUAUAUGUACUCAUGUAUUUUUUACCUUGAGAUGGUAACUCCAAGGUGUCAACCUCUCUGGUAUCUUUGUUCAAAGGUAUGCAUGCUGCUUUGUGCCUUUGUGUGUAUGUGAGAAAACUGUUCUCUGAUCUCACUUUUGAAUUAAAAUAUUUCAACAUAGUAA